GGAGCCCUUCCUAGUCAUUCGAAUUACGGUGGUAGAAAGUUACAGGAAAGCAAGUCCCAGAAACAGUGGAGCUAGCGUUCCAACUUCCCUACCAAACGAACAAGAACAGACCGACCAAGUAACCAAAAACCAUGCCUUUCAAGCCUGUUGAAAACCCCAAAUGCCCAAAAUGCGGCAAAUCAGUAUACGCCGCUGAAGAACGAGUAGCUGGUGGAUUGAAAUGGCACAAGAUGUGCUUCAAAUGCGGACUUUGCGGAAAGCUUUUGGAUUCCACCAACUGUUCCGAACACGAAGGUGAAUUGUUCUGCAAAAUCUGCCAUGCCAGGAAAUUCGGUCCUAAAGGUUAUGGUUUCGGAGGCGGUGCUGGUGCCCUUAGCAUGGACACCGGAUCUCACUUGGAAGGAAGUGACGCAAUUUUGGGCUCAAGCAAGGCACCAUUGAUCGCCAAGGUAAUCGCGAAAGCACCACCUGGAGAAGGAUGUCCUCGAUGUGGAGGAUUUGUCUAUGCAGCCGAACAAAUGCUUGCAAGAGGCAGGGCCUUCCACAAAUCCUGUUUCAAAUGUGGCGACUGCGCAAAGGGACUCGACUCUGUCAGCUGCUGCGAAGGUCCUGAUAAGGAAAUUUACUGUAGAGUGUGUUAUGGCAAGAGGUUUGGACCCAAAGGCUAUGGAUACGGUCAGGGUGGUGGAACUUUACAGUCCGAUCCAAGUCUAGAAGCAGGUGUAGGACAUGCUGGUGUUUCAUUCCUUGGGCUUACAUGUGAUGCUAUGGACUUAGAAUACCAAAGUAAUGCUGCCCCCAAGACUACCGUAAUUGAUACUGCCAAGAUCAAAGCCGCACCAGGUCAGGGUUGCCCCCGAUGUGGUGGCGUGGUCUAUGCCGCCGAAGAAUGUUUGGCCAAAGGUAGACAAUGGCAUCGCAAAUGCUUCAAAUGUAGGGAUUGCAACAAGACGUUGGAUUCUAUCAUUGCUUGUGACGGUCCCGACGGAGAUGUCUAUUGCAAAACGUGCUACGGGAAAAAGUGGGGACCUCAUGGUUAUGGAUUUGCUUGCGGAUCUGGUUUUCUUCAGACUGAUGGUCUAACGGAAGACGAGAUCUCUGCCAAUAGACCUUUCUAUAAUCCUGAUACAACAUCCAUCAAGGCACCACCAGGUCAAGGUUGUCCGCGAUGUGGCGGUAUGGUGUUCGCAGCUGAACAACAACUUGCUAAAGGAACUAUGUGGCACAAGAAGUGCUUCAACUGUGCCGAAUGUCACAGACCGUUAGAUUCAGUUCUUGCAUGCGACGGUCCCGAUAAGGAGAUCCAUUGCAGAUCAUGCUACGGUAAGCUGUUCGGUCCCAAAGGAUUCGGCUACGGUCACACCCCUACUCUGUUUUCGUCCGACGGUCAGUCGACGGCUGCGAACGACGCGAGGCCGCAGACGGGCCCGAGAGCGGCACCGGGCAAAGGUUGUCGACGAUGCGGUUUCGCCGUCUUCGCUGCCGAACAAAUGGUCAGCAAGCACGGCAUUUGGCAUAAGAGAUGCUUCAGUUGCGUCGAUUGCGGAAAAUCAUUGGAUUCCACGAACCUCAACGACGGUCCCAACGGAGAGAUUUACUGUCGCGGUUGCUACGGAAAGAACUACGGACCUAAGGGUGUCGGAUACGGCAUGGGUGCCGGCACCCUUACCAUGGCUUAAUAACGGAUACGAUGAACGACUUGCGUACGUCUUAUAAAUACUGCAUAUUUAUUGCUAUUAUAUUAUUAUUAUUAUUAUUAUUUAUUGUGUUCUCUCGAAGUGAUUAUUCCUCCCCUUGUUAAAGCUUCUGGCGCGAUAUAAGCUAUUAAUUAUCAUUAAUGAAUUUUCCUGCUAGAUAUAGCUACACAAUUAUCAUAUACGACGAAAAUAUUUUUUUUCUGACCUGAUGUACUUUUUUGUAUGAGUGUUUUCUCUUUUUUUUUUUUUAAAACGACGACGGUUACUUGGUAAAAAAAAUGAUAAUGAAAAUGAAUAAAGAGAAAAUGAUUUUGAAAUGACGUAAUACUUGUCGAUAAUAUUCAAACACGAACGACCAGGCCGUCCUCGAGGUCUGAGGUCUUUUUUAUAUCUAUCUACACUGGCCUUUUUUGGGCCUAUCGUCGCACUGCGCUUAGCUUCGCAACGACUUGUAUAAUUGUUACAAAAGAAAUGA